AUGUAUGCUUGCCACUCAAAGAGGAAUGGAACUUCAACGAUGCAAAAUCAUUUGCCUUCAUGUUGUAAAAAUCCUCAUAAACGUGGACCUUUGGAUAGGUAUCAAAAAACAUUGACAGGUGAGGCAUCACCUGAGGAGGGGAUUGGAGACAAUGAUGGUAGUACAUUAAGGACUCUUGUAACCCACAAAUUUAGUGAAGAGAUUACGAGGUUGGCUAUUGCAGAAAUGGUAAUUGUUGAUGAAAUGCCAUUUAGGGUUGUUGAAGGACAGGGAUUUAAAAAAUUUGUUUGGUCUCUUGAACCCUGGUUUAAAGUUCCAUGUCGUGUCACAGUUGUAAGAGAUUGUAUAAAAUUGUAUGAAGUAGAAAAUGGGAAGCUUAAAAAUGUGUUUAGAGAUGGUGGCAUGAGGAUUUCCUUGACGACAGAUACAUGGACAUCAUUUUCGAUAGGGAAUUUGUUGGGGGGUAAGUAUAUGCACAUGAGAUGUUGUGCUCACAUAUUAAAUCUUAUUGUGAGUGAGGGUUUGAAGGAGUACAAUGAUGCAAUUACAAUGACACGAUGGAACUCAACCUAUUUGAUGUUGGAGACAGCUGAGAAGUUUGAGAAGGCUUUCAGGUGGAUGGAGAGUGAGGAUUAUAAUUUCCUCUCUUACUUUGAUGAUGGGCACAUGGGACCUCCUAAAGCUACAGAAUGGGAGACAGUGCGGGUGUUUGUCAAGUUUUUAGAGAUGUUUUAUGAAGCCACUACUAGAUUUUCUGGAUCUUUAUAUGUAUUAAUAGAUUUGUAUGCAGAGUAUAAUGUUACAUUUGGUUCCACCACGAGUACUCCAGUUUCUCAACCCCCUCCAAUAUCUAGAUCCAUGAAUGUUAGUGAUGGUAAACGUGAGACCAAAUGCUUCAAGGAGUGGUAUAGGGCAUCUUCCGCCAUGGGAUCUAAUAUUACCCAAACUGAAGUGGAUCGAUAUUUAUCAUAUGGUUGUGAGGCACUCAGCGAAUCAUUUGACUUGUUGACUUGGUGGAAAAUAAAUGAGGCUAACUAUCCUAUACUUGCGAGGAUUGCACGAGACUUAUUAGCCAUGCAUGUUUCCACAGUUGCAUCCGAGUCAGCAUUUAGCACGGGAGGUCAUGUGCUUGAUCCUUUUCGGAGUUCGUUGGCUCCGAGAAUUGUUGAGGCACUUAUUUGUACUCAAAAUUGGUUAAGGCAUCCGGCAACACACAUUGAUAUCCGAGAGGCUAUGGAUAAUGUCGAGAGCUUUGUAGUAGAAUCUGGUAAUGUUUUCAAAUUUUAA